AUGGUUGAGAGAACGACGAGCCCUGGAUGCGGAAAGAUCAAGACGAGAAAUACUGCCCACAUCCCAGAGAGUAUUUCGGAAUUUACGUGUCCUGUGAUGACGUCCGAAAACGUAACUCUUAUUUUUUCUGAACAGCAGUACGCAUCGAACAGUACAUACAGUAAGACGAAGAUUUGUAAUUUCCACGAAAAUAUAGCAAUUAGUGACAUGUCUCAUAGAUAUGUGUUCCUCGUGCCCCGUGAGUGGUUGGAGGGUCCCUGGGCCCAAUUGGAAAUUAUGAUUUACGACAAGAUUUUAAAUUACUAUCGCCGAUUUAGAAAAAUGGGGGGUGUUGCAUUCCACUAUGGAGGUAUCCUCGCGUUUUUGCAAUAUAACGAUAAACUGAUCUGGUUUCGCAAGUAUGAUGAUCAACGGAGUAGGCCAGAUCUCAAAGAAUAUUUGGCAUUUUCGAUACCUUGCAUUCAUUGCACUGAGAGGGGAUUUCUAAACAUUACCAUAUAUCUAAAUGUUUACAGAAGUCACGUUAUGUUAUCAAACUACUUCGCUUGUUUGUGUAUUGAUGCAAUUAAGAAUACAUAAUAGACUGUUACGUUCUGACGCACACAAUAGAUAAUUUGGUGACAGUGAACUUGUUAUCGAACUUGACUCAUGAAAGUACCACUAACAAUAGUCGUGUAGGUCGUGCUCUAAUCUGAUAACUGUAAUGUUGCCCGAAUGUCAAAUUUGUUUGU